AUGGUCCACGCCCGACCAUCUCCGAUUUUUUUUAAAUUUGAACAAUGUGAGGAAUGCCCAGGAAAACUGAGUGUCGAAAAUAACUUAAGAGCGAUUUUCAAAGAAGCUGUAAUUUCCCAUGAUGAUAAUCGCAGUUCAUUGAUUUCCGUACAGGAUACAGUUGACAGUUUCAUUGAAAGAUUUUCGCAAAAACUUGACGAGUUGUCAUCGCAUCAGGAUUUUGGAUUAAAAGCAGAAUGGCACUUUUUUGCAACUUUUCAUGGUAAAAGUCCUUGCGAUGGAAUUGGAGGGACAACAAAAAGAUUGGUUGCAAGAGCAAGUUUGCAGGCAUCAAAAAAAGAUCAGAUAUUGAACGCCAGAGAUUUUUACACAUACGCUGAUGCGAAAAUAAAUGGUAUUAAAUUUUUUUGGGUAGACAAAAAAGAAAUUAAAGAUCUGCUAGGAAUGCUUGAAAAAGAUUUAGGUCAGCAGAUAAAAUAA